UUCUCUCUAACACUUAAACCCUAGCUACCUUCUGAAAACAAAAACCCUACUCACAUUCUCACAAUCUCAAUCUCAAUCUCAAUCUCAAUCAUGCCGCGUAAGAAGAAAGACACUGACCCAUUCUUCGCCAACGAUUCCCGAAAACGCCGCAAACCUAAUGAUGACGAACAAGACGCUGAGAUAGACAGCGACUUCGACGAAGACGGCUUCUUCGCCGCCGCCUCCGAUGAGGACUCCGAGGAAGAAACCGGCGCCGAGGCGCGCAAGCGAAUCGCGCAGGACUAUAUCCGAAUGGUUCGCCAAAUCUCGCAGAAGGAGAAGGAAAAGGAAGCCGACGAAGAUGAUGAAGAAGACAACGAAGAUGCCGAGGGAGUGAGAGACUCGCUCGUAGCUCAGAAGUUGUUGAAGGAGCAACAAGAGGAAAGUGGACGCGUCAGAAGAAGCAUUGCUUCAAGUGUGAAAGUAAGCGGUGACGGAGGAUUUAGGGUGUUGGUGAAGCACCGGCAGAGUGUUACGGCGGUGGCUCUGUCUGAGGAUGAUUCGAAGGGCUUUUCGGCGUCGAAGGACGGGGUAAUUAUGCAGUGGGAUGUGAAUAGUGGGCAAUGUGAUAGGUUUAAGUGGCCCAGUGAUUCUGUGUUGAAGUCCCAUGGCUUGAAGGAUCCGCAAGGUUCGGCUACAAGGCAGAGUAAAAAUGUCUUGGCUUUGGCUGCGAGUUCGGAUGCUCGGUACUUGGCCACAGGAGGGCUUGAUCGCCAUGUUCAUAUAUGGGAUACUCGCACAAGAGAGCAUGUUCAGGCUUUUCCAGGUCAUAGAGGCCCUGUUUCUAGUCUGACUUUUAGACAAGGAACUUCAGAGCUUUUUUCUGGUUCAUUUGAUCGGACUAUUAAGAUAUGGAAUGUUGAAGACAGAACUUACAUGAAUACUCUAUUUGGUCACCAGAGUGAAGUAUUGAGUAUUGAUUGCUUACGCAAAGAAAGAGGGUUAACUGCUGGACGUGAUCGUAGCAUGCAAUUGUUUAAGGUUCAUGAAGAAUCACGCCUUGUAUUUCGUGCUCCUGCUUCAUCCUUGGAAUGCUGUUGUUUUGUUAAUAAUGAUGAACUCUUGUCUGGUUCGGAUGAUGGAAGUAUUGAGCUUUGGACUGUAAUGCGAAAGAAGCCUGUUUACAUUUUGAGGAAUGCUCAUGCUUUACCAGUGGAUAGCGUGCAAUCUGACCAAAAGGACAGUGAAAGACUACCCAAUGGCAACCUAGAAAAUGGUUACCAUAAUCCUGAGAAUCAUCAUUGUUUGUCAGCUUUCUCUUGGGUCAGUGCAGUAACUGUUUGUAGAAACAGUGAUCUUGCUGCUUCCGGGGCUGGCAAUGGUUCUGUUCGAUUAUGGGCAAUUGGAAGUGAGACCAAAGACAUUAAAUCUCUUCACAAUGUGGCAUUGGCUGGGUUUGUGAAUUCCUUGACUUUUGCAAAAUCAGCAGAAUUCUUAGUUGCUGGAGUUGGACAGGAACCUCGUCUAGGAAGGUGGGGACGUAACGCUGAAGCUCGGAAUGGAGUUUCAAUUCUUCCUCUUAAGUUAUGAGUGAUGAGGCAGUGAAUAUUGUGCCUUCUCAAUUUUGACAUACGAAAUGUAACGUUGAGUUGAACGUCUGUCCGUGAUCUUAAUUAUUUGUAUCAAUAACAUUUUUUAGUCAUUAUUAUAGCUAAAUUAUUGGUUUAUGCCUGUUUUUAAAGCAAAAAAGGUCUAUUUGGGUUAGGUUUACGUAAACCCAAUUAAGAAUUUCCUGUACAAUUUUCCUUGACUCAACCUUCCAAUGAAACAGUAUCAAAUAACACUUGACAAUUAAUGUGUACCAAA